GCGACGGCAAUGAAAAUGCCAGUGGCAAUGGUGCAGGGGCGCGGGUAGCGCGGAGAGGCUUACCUGUCGCGCUCUCGUAGCGAGCGCGUCGGUUUAGCCCCGGGAGCGCGGGCCGCAGCGAUGAUGCAGGGGACGCUGGGCGCCACGGGGGCUGCUGUCACGCAGGAGACUUUUGGCUGCAGCGUCGCCAAUCGCUUCUCCCAGCUUCUGGACGACGACUCGGACCCCUUCGACACCCUGCGCGAGGCCGAGCGCCGCAAGGGGCAGCGCAAGAAGCGCGAGGAGGCGGCGAUCAGGAGAGCUGGUCCCGGCAUCAGGCCGGGAGGCCGCCGCAGGGAGUCCCAGGAGGAGCGCAGACAGCUCGGGACGGGGUCGCCGAAGCCUGGCCAGAAACGAGUACCUAAAAGGGGAGACCAGAAAGGAUUCAAGGACAGAGGUGCAGACUUGAAGAAAGACAAAAAUGAAUUGAUAUUACCUUUCAGAGAACACUGUUCCCAUGAAACAGAAAGACAAGUGGAAUUCACAGUGGAAAGGAACAAAAAUUUGACUGGAAAUCUUUUUAGACCAACUGAAGGAUUAGUCCAUGAAAGGCCAAUACGAGGUCGUGGAAGAGGUGGAAUGCAAGGUAGAGGAAGAGGUGCUGGAAGUUUCAAUGGCUUUGCCCCAAGAGGAAAACAGGAAUUUGGAAGACAAAGUGGGAAUGAUAAAAAUGGGAUGGAAGAGACUGCUCUUGUGGAGGAGACUGCGGUAACAGCUGUGAAGCUAGGGGCAUUCGAAGGAGAGCUUCUGAACAAAGUUGCUGAAGGAGAGCCAAUGGAAGAAGUAGUUCAAGAAAUGACGUUAGAUGAGUGGAAAAAUCUUCAGGAACAGAAUCGACCAAAGCCUGAAUUCAACAUCCGGAAGCCAGAAUUCACUGUUCCUUCCAAAGCAGUGGUGAUUCACAAGUCAAAAUAUAGCGAUGACUUGCAGAGAGACUCUGAAGAUGAUUCUCAUGUCUUCCGAAGACCAGUGAAUGACAUAACAUCUCAGCUGGAUAUUAAUUUUGGGAGCCUUCCUCGCCCUGGCUGUGGAUCAAGAGGAGCACGAGGUGGUCGUGGUCGUGGCAGACACGUUGAGGAGAUAGGACGUCAACGAGAAGUAGUGAUCGUGCAACUUGUUGCUCCAAAUCCUGAUGAUCCUGAGGACUUUCCAGCUUUAGCUUGAAGCUCUGUUGUGAAUGGUGGUAUCUCAAAGUAGGUUUAGUAUAGCUGUGAAGAGACCAGUUUUCUGCUGGUGUAGCGUAAGGUCUGUUAAAGCCAGUUUCUACUGGAAAAGCUGUAUGUUCGGUGUGAAAUGAUUUCAACCCUCUGCUAUGGAGCUGGAUUCUGGAGAUAACUGGUGGACUGGGAUCCUGUCACAGGUUCCAGCGUCUGCCUCUUUGUGUGGAAAAUCUGUGAAGGCUUACAACACUUCACCUCAAAGUUUGAGAGUACAGUGUUUAAAAAUGUGUAUAUAGAGAUUAUAUCGAGUUCUCCAUUGCACCAUGGUGAAAUGUGAACUGUACAACAUGGUCUGCAGUUGAGAUUCUGCUUUCACUGUACAUUUGAAAGCUCCUUUCCCUGUUUGUUUGAGUGAAGCGUGCAUUUCACACAACUGUGAGUUGCAGUUCUUUGGAGUUUGGCAAAGAAAAGAAAGUGCUAACUGGUUUUUGCUUGAGGUAUUACUUUCACAAGUCAGAGCAGCAGCAGAGCGAAGAUUUUGUUAUGUAGCCUGAAAAAAAAAAACAACCCAAACCUAAGUCGCAGACAGUACUCACCCAAAUCGGUGAACAACUCUCUAAACAGAAGCAAUCUUCAAGGCAGCACGAAUGCUUUUAACUGACAGCUUUCUUCAGUAGCAAGAAGCUAGUCUUGCUUCAGUAACAAGAUAUAAUCUGCAACUACUGUGAAGAUGUUGAAGGUGAUGUAAGUAAGAAUUUUGAGCUAAAGACAGAACUAAACUGUUAAAGAAGCUUUUAGUUUUAGCUAAAACUAAAAGCCUGACCAACAAGUUUGUUUGACACUGGAGAUGAGAUGGGAUGUCCUUUCCUUGCAGCUUUAACAUGCUUCCUCACUUGAACCAGGUACCCUAGCUUGUUCCCUGCCAAAAGGGACACUCAGAGCCCUUCUCAGGGAUCUCAAAGACAUGAGGAAACAAUACCAGAAGUGAUGAUGGAAAAAAAUGACAACCACACUGGAUGUUUUGGAAGUAGCUGUCGGCCUCAGAGAAGUUUUCAAAUGCCUGCUGGACCUGAACUCAUUCUUUCAGUUUACUGGGAACGUAAAUGAAUAUAAACCUUUCUUUUUUCCUGUUUUGUGCCUCACUUUGUUACGUGUCAUUUCUAAGCAAUCUUCUUUGAGAGCAAGUAUUGGAUGAGACUCAAAGAAAGAAGCUUUUGCUUUGGAAUGAGCUCUCAGAAGUAUUCAGGAACUUAAAGUAAUGCUUAUCUCAGUAGUAAGGCUUUGCACAAGUAGGAUAGAAUCAUCCUAGACAGUGCUGACUCUUUUCUGUAUGCCUCAGACAGAUGGUCUGCAAAGUGCUGCUGCCCAAAUGGCUCUUCUUACAUUGUCGAGUUAUUUAUAUAUAUAACAGUUUGCUAUAACAUGAGGUUCCACAAGGAGCUCAUUUUAGUGACAGAGGUGCUAUGCCAACCUGUGGUAGGGAGGUGCAAAAGCAAAGUGCUGGUGUUAGAGGAACCUGUGCAGCUGGCAUUCAAGUAAUUGAACUCUUGCACCUUGCAAGAGCAAGCUACUACUUGAAGUCAUUGCAGUUUAAGACUGAAUUGCUGCUGCUCUUUCAAUAGGUGUUGGGUGUUUCUACCAAAAAGUGGCAAUUUCAUGAUUGUACAACAGAAGAAAUUUUAUCUGUGAGAGUCUGGGAAUUUGAUUUAAUUAUUUUUUCCCUUCCUGUUCCCCUUAUUUUGUCAGAUGGACAAGAAUGUGCCUGAAUUUUUACUUACAUCUUUGCUUUCAGAGGUGAGUGUAUGUGUAGGUGUAGAGACCUGCUUUGCAAGGCUCACCUCUACUUUCCAUCAUGUUUUGAAGGUGUAGCUUCUUGUACUAACACCCCUUUAUGCUAGGAAAAGCAGUGAAAUACUUAAAAGCAACCCUUUGUUUUUCUACUAAAAAAAUGAAACCUUACGAUGCCACAGGGCUGAAUCUGGUGUACUGCAGUUGGCUUGGUUCUGGCUGUUCCCUGGGAAGACCAAAAGAAUUGGUUUAUUUUUCAGUCUGGUUUCUACUGCUGCAAAGUUACUGUUGGCUUUUCUGAUUUUGAUCUGCUUUUCAAAACAGAAUGACAUUUAAGUUCUUUCAGGAGUACUUGUGAAAGUGAGUCU